CGCUCUACAAAACGUGUAUCGGAGUUGUGAAAGUUGAUGUGUUUUCCAGCGCGCGCACGCCGAGGCCAAGAUGAUGCGGGAGUGCUUGUCCACGACGGCGUACAGCCUGGGCGCGCAGCUGCUGCCCGACACGCUCGGCCUCAAGCAGCCCAGGUCCACGGUGUCCAUCGUGCCGCCUUGUCUGUAUGGAUCAGCUCUCAGGGCCGUCAAGUUCCAAAGCGACCCGACCGUGGUCCCCGCCAAGCGCGUCUCCUCCACUGCCACCUCCGCCGCGUCGCGCCGCGCGCCGGGCGACAAGCGGCCCGUCGUCCUGGAGGAGCCCUCCUCCUACCUGCGCUUCCUGCGCCGCUCCGACCGCGCCAACUUCCGGCCCGCCUGGCGGCCGCAGCAGCCGGACGACGUGCUCACGGACACCGCGGCUGACCAGGUGGUGUCGGAGCUCUGCCAGUGGAUGCAGCAGCUGAGCGCGCAGGAGGACCGCGACGAGCAGGAGCCCCGCACCUCGCUCACGUGCGACGACGUGCGCAAGCUGUUCGACAUCAACCUGGAGGGCCCCGCGGCACGCGCGCUCGCCGUCAACGUCAAGGAGCUCGUGUGCGUGCCCAACACCAUGGCCACCGACGCGCACGCCUACCUGCAGUCCAACCUGACCCGCGUGCGUCUGGCCGUGCGCGCGGACCUGCGUGCUGAGGGCCGCCCCAUGCGCACGCACGCGUUCGGCCGCAGCAUCCCCAUCGGGGACCCGGCACACUGGAGGCCGCCCCGGAACAACACCCAGGACCGCUGGAGGCUGGACUUCGUGCCCUCGGACCUAGCCUCCAUGGAGGAGAUCUUCGGCGGCGACGUCACGCAGCUCAAGGUGACGCGGGACUUCAUCGAGUACCUUCGGAUGAAGAAGGCCCCACUGCCGCCGUGUCUUCGAGGCCCCCGCGGUGGCCUCCUCAAGAGGCUGCACCACACGCCCACCACCGCCCCCGCCACGCCCACCACCACGCCGACCAUCAUCACGACCACCACCUAGAGAGCCACCUACACUGGUAGCCAACGAAUGUGACGUCACAUUCGUUGGCUACCAGUGUAGAGUCCUCUCUGAGUCUCUCUGAGUUCACAUGUAAGUUUCUCUCUGAG